AUGACUGAUCUGGUGACGGACCGGCCGGCCGCACCCGUGCCGGAGGGCGUGGCCUCCCGGCUGCUGCAGGAGGCCGCGGCCGCCCUCAGUCAGGGUGUGAAGGCCUUCAAGGCCGAUGGCGCCGGCCAGGCGGCCAGCCAAUGGAGCUGGACACAGACGGUGCUGACCUCGGGCACCGUGUCGGACAAGCUGGCGGCGCGGCAGGCGCUGCUGCGCGCUCGGCCCCAGUUCGGCCUCCACCUCAUCGACGACACGGUCCGCAUGGUGGCCGCCAAGGGCAAGGGCCACGCCAUGCAGGCUAUGAACAUGCUGGCGGACCUGUUCGGGCAAUACCUGCUACCUCCGAAUCGGAAGCUGAAGUUGUUUGCCCAGCAGCCGCUAGGGGCGCUGCAGGACAUCGCCGGCGGCGAUCCCGCCGUUCGCAGGCGUCAGCUGAUUUUCUGGCUCUUCGAGGAGCGCCUGAAGGCCGCCUACAAGGAGUUUGUGGGCCGGGUGCGCGAGAUGGCGCACGACACGGUCGAGAAGUCGCGCAAGCACGGCGUCAACACGCUGGCGCAGCUACUGGUGGCGCACCCCGAGCUAGAGCAGACGCUGCUGGAGACGCUGGCCAAUAAGCUGGGCGACGAGAAGAAGUCGGUGGCGUGUCUGGCGGUGCGUCGGCUGAGCUCGCUGCUGCGCGCCCACCCGGCCAUGCGCACCGUGGUCGUCAAGGAGGUGGAGCGGCUGCUGUUCAGGCAGAACGUGGGAAAGCGGGUGCAGUUCUACGGCAUCUGUUUCCUCUCGCAAGUGCAGUUCUCGGACGAGGGCGACGAGGCGCUGGCGCAGCGGAUCGUCCGCAUCUACGUCGGUUUCUUCCGCGCCUGCGUCAAGCAGGCGGAGCUGGACGCGCGUCUGAUGCGCGCCCUGCUGACGGGCCUCUCGGACUGCGUGGGCCGGGCGCGCCUACUGGCCACCGAGCUGCAGCAGUACAUGCAGCCGCUGCACCACAUCGCGCAGCUGGCCAACUUCGGCGUGGCCACGCAGGCGCUGCUGCUCAUGUUCCGGCUGACGACAGCCGGCGGCCAGACAGAGCCCACCGACCGGUACUACUGCGCGCUCUACAAGAAGCUGGUCCACCCGGGUCUGGCCACAUCGCAGAAGCUGGCCGACUUCCUGAACCUGGUGUACCGCUCGGUCCGGAUGGACUCGUGCCAGCCGCGAGCGCGCGCCUUCAUCAAACGCCUGCUUCAGGGCUGCCUGCACCAGACGGCGGCGUUGGCCUGCAGCGUGCUGCUGCUCGUCUCCGAGCUGUUCCGACGGCGGCCCGAGCUGGCGCACGUGGCCGGCCAGGCGACGGCCGCCGCCUGGACGGCCGACGACCACAGUGACGGCGAGGAGGCGCCGAGAGACGUGCCGCUGCCGGACGAGCCUCAGGACGAGCCCCGGCACGAGCGUGAGGACGAGCCUCGGGCCGCGACGGCGGCGGCGGUGCCGGCCGGCCGGCGUCGGUACGCGCCGCUGUACCGCGAGCCGCGCUGGUGCCGCGCCGAGCUGGCGGCGCUGCACGAGCUGGCGCCGCUGGCGCGCCACUUGCACCCUACGCUGGCGCUGUUCGCCGGCCAGCUGAUUGCCGGGCGGCAGGCCCAGUAUUCGGGCAACCCGCUGCACGACUUCCAGCUGAUGCACUUCCUCAACAGGUUCUGCUACCGCAACCCGAAAAAGUCUGCCUCGGUGGCGGAGACGGCGCGUCGGCUGCCUGUCAGCUCUGCCGAGUACGCCCGGCUGGCACCCAGCCAGGUGCCGCACGACGAGAAGUUCUUCCACCGGUACUUCCAGUGGCGCGAUGAGCACGGUCUGACGGCGAGCGCCGCCGGCCGGCCGCUGACCGACGCCAGCGGUGACGUCACAGACGAAGCCUUCGACGACUUCCUGGACGGCUUCUUCGAGAAGAAGAGGAAGGCCGGCGACGGCGUCGACUUCCUGACAGAGAUCGCGCACGGCGCGGAGGAGGCACUGGAGGAGGAUGAUGUCGACGGCGGUGACGACCUGAGCCAGACAGACAGACUGCUGGAGGAUGAGGAUGAUGAGGAAAAGGACAGUUUGGGAGACGACUCAGACGACGAUCCCGAGUUUCCAAUGAUGACCUCCGGAUCGCGUCCGGUGACCACCAGCAAAACGCAGUCCAAGAAGCGAGAUGUUUCGGACCUGUUCUCCGCGGCCGACGAGUACCCCGACCUGUUGGACGAGGAUGACGAGCCGGCCGAGGACUCGUCCCGGGCUGCCGGUCAGAGGCAGCUGCAGUGGGAGGAGACGGGCAGCACCAAGCGGCGCCGGCAGGAGGCGGUCACCGACUUCAGGGUUGGCAAGGGCGCGCCGCGUAAGAAGUUUAGAGGCAACGCCAGGCGCAGGAAGUAGUGCAGUGCUAUGAGAGCUGGCACGAGUACGCCCAACACGUAGAAAAUUGUGUUGCCUUUUGUAUUCCGGGCAGAUAUUCAAGAUCGCUUCAGAUACACAUGGGUGCAUGCGACGUCAUCAUGCAUGUCACAGGAGGCUCUUACAUACCCAUUCGUUACACAUCUGACUUGGAAAAUACAUACGCAAACGGUU